GGCAAAUCGCAGGAUACUAAGCGACGAGCCUUUGUGGAGAUCGCAGUGCCGCCACGUAUGCAAUCAAGAUUACUUUAAACCCACUUGGACUAUGUGUCCCUCAACACUUGGGCCUUGUCAAAAGAUCGCUAAUUCACUGCAGCAAUAGGUGGAAGGAACUUUGUUGCCUUUAAGAACGCGACCCAAAAAAAAGAUCAGAGAAGGAGGGAGAAGAGGAAAAAGAUAAAUUGAAGCAAUUCCAAUUGCGAGAAGAAGAUGCCGAUCUCCGACGUGGUGGUGGGCAACCUCACAACGCUGUACCUUGCAGCGAUUGCGGCGGUGAAGGUCUACGGCCUGGCGUCUGGCCGGGCCUUCGGUGGCGCAUUUGUGAUAGUGGUGUCCACGGCCAUGGUGGGCGGCGUGCUGGUGGGGACUCUGAUUUGGGACGUGUCGCAGAAGGCCGCCAAGGCGAUGGCGCACGAUCAUCACCGUCGUCACGCAGGCGACGAAGUUUGCAACGGCGGCAUUUGCUGGCACGGCGUGGCGGCCCGGUCGCCAGUGUCUCAGGUCCAGUUUAGGCUUCCGCCUCAUCAACACCCCCAGAACCUCGAGUAAAUAAUGGAUUAAAUACUCGUAGUUUUGUUCUCGGCCAAGGAUCAUUGACGACUGUGUUGUCUGUGUACAGAAGUAUAGUAUAUGAAUAUAUUCCUUUGCAAUUCCGGAAGGUUUGUUUCAUCUGAUGUUGUUUUAUCAAUAAUACUACCCACUACAGGAGUGAAUUUUAUUGUAAAUUUGGUCAGAAAAUCUUGACACCUUCACCGCUAUAUGCCCAAAAACCUUGAGAUGAUACAGAACUGGAGGCAG